AUGGUAGGUUUUGGAUCGACUGCUUGUGACCCUAUUCGGAGUGCUGGUGUUCAUUACGAUUGCGGAUGUGUAAUAUCUGAAACAGGAGCAUUAGUACCUUUUUCUACAGGAAGUGCACUUAGUGUUCCAGCUGUUUACAUUGCUUAUUUCGCUACUUUCGGUGCUAUGGCUUGGCAUUUAUUAUUAUUUGAUUCAUCUGUACAAAAUCUCUAUCAUCCUAUUCUUGCUAAACAUGCGAUCGAUUCUACAGCAGUAACAGAACAUAUGGCUGGUGGUAGUGUCCGAGCAAAAGUGUGUCAUUUUGUUCGUGCACGAUUGUUAUCAACAUAUCAUUUUCUCUCAAUGCAAUCCAAUCAAGACGAUGCGUGUCUUUUAUUUAGUCGUUGUUUUGAAUUGUUUGCUCAAUUUAGUCGUCAACGAGAUGAAAAUUCAUGGAUUAAACCUAUUUAUAAGACAAUCGAUGAGAAACUUGAAGCUGAAAAACAAUUUCAAAGUAAAAUUUUCUAUCCAACACAUAAAAAAUUAGUCGAUUAUAAAGAAAUAAUAAAUAUUAUACAAUCACAAUCUCCACUACAAACUAAAUUACAUGAACAUACAACUCAAAUGCCUAUUCUAAUUGAAUUUAUUCAUUUUAAGACUGAAUUAUGUAAUCCAGAAUCGAUUCAAUUACCUUUGACAAUUUUACGACGUUUACUUGAUUCAUUCGAUUUUCUGAAAAUAACUCGAUAUAUUUAUGCUUUAAGUCAAUUUCAUAUUUUAUUACAUCGAACUUUUACUCAAUUAAUCGAACGAGAAGAAUUUCUUACAAUUACAUUGAAACAAUUGUAUGAACGAGCUCAACCAAUUUCAAAUAGUUUUCAUCAAAGAAAUCAAGAAAAUAAAUAUUAUACAAUUAUUGAAAAUGGAAUCGAAGCUGUUAAUGGUUAUCAUAAAUUUGCUGAUGGACAAAUUCGACCAGGUGCAUGUGAUGCUACUCAACUUUUUCAAACCAUUUCUAUGGAAACACCAAUAAGCUAUCUCGUUGAAACAGACAACUAUGAUGAAGGAGAUAUUAUUAUGCGUAUAUUGAGUGUUCUUGUCGAUUAUCAUAAUAAUCUUCUCGAAUUACUUGACAUGGAAAUUAGACAAAAUGGUGAUACUCUUGGUUUAGGUUCAUUGAAAGAUAUUAUCUGUGAAUUAUCAAAAAGAGAAAUAUCAAUUCUACAGAUAGUUCAAGAAAAUAUGGGUGUAAUUACAUUGAACAAGAUGGAUUGUCAUUGGAUUGAAGAAUUAUCUCGAGCUAGUCUCGAAAAUGAAAAAGAUUAUUUUCUCAAACUUAAUACACCAUUAAAAUUUAAUUUUCUUUAUGUUCAAUCAUAUCUAAUUCGAACAUAUCUUCUCUAUUGUCGUAUUAAUUAUCAACAUAUCAAAGGAAAAUAUCAAUGUUAUACUAAACAAAAAAUUCUAAUAACUACAAAUAAUCAUAAAAUUGAUAAUGAUAUCGAUAUAGAUUCUAAUAUUCUAUUGAUCGAUGAAUGGAAUCAUUUAGAACAAAAGAAUCUAGAUCAACUUCAAAAUGAAUUUAAUUUUCUUCAACGAAUAAUGGAUAUAUUAAAACAUUCUUCGGAAGAUUAUUCAUCAAUGAAACUUUCAGAGUUUAUUCGAAAUACUAAUUAUGAUGAUCGAUUUGCUCAACAAUUUCAACAAUAUAGAAUCAAAGAUUUUUCUUUAUCACAAAUCAAAUCUAUUUGUCAAUUGUAUGAACAAUCAAUUAAUCAUUUUCAACAUACAUUUAUCAAUGUAUCUCAUUUAAUUCGUGUACCUCUAGAUAAGAAACUCAAUAAUGAACUCGAUCAUAUAUUAAAAUCUUCGUUUAUUUCUUCUAAUGAUCAUACUAAAAAAGAAGAAUUUCAAGUUGCAAUACGAACGAUAACAAAAUUUUUAAAUGUUUUAAAAGAUAGAGAAGAUUUUCUUGCUAGUCAAUGGGCUCAAUCAUUUACAGAAACAUGUAAAUAUUUAUGUAUUGAAAAUCUUAUUGUAAAAUUAAUACCUAAAGAAAUCAAAUGUGAAAAUUAUGUACCAUUAUGUCUAAAACUCAUUGAUAUACGAUCUCAAUUACAAGAACGAACAUUUGAUAUUGAAGAAAAAACUAUUCAUCUCUGGAGUGCUCGUUUUGAUAUUUCAAAUAUAAGUCAAUCGAAUGAAAAUAGUUUUCAAAUAUUCCGAAAUAAGAACGAUGAUUUUCUACUUGUCGAGUCGAAAUUGAUUUCUUCAUUAGAUGAUUUCUCAUCACCUUCUUUUCCACAACCAACUGAUAUUACUGGAGAUUUAAUCGAUUGGUCGGACAUGUUCGAUAAUGUAAUUAUUCCAACAGAACCACUGAAAUCUGAACAUUUUCUGUCACAAACAAUCAAUUAUACAUCUCUAUCCAAGUUAAAAUUAACAUUGAUUUCAUUAUCACCAUCAGCUCUAUUUGAAAAUAGUCGAAAACAAGCAGAACAAUUGGCAACCAAAGUGUCCAACAUACGUUUAGUUAUCACAUGUCUAGAUGGUAAACAAGAAAAGUAUUACUGUAAACCUGAAAAACUCUAUAUACAAUUGAAGAAACUCUUUGACAAAAAAAAAUAUGAUUUGAAUACAAUUGGUCUUAUUGAUCCGAAUCAAUUAUUGAUUGAUUUUAUGAAAACAAAUAUAAACAAUUCAUUACUUAUUAUAGAUACAGAAUAUUAUGUUAUAGAAAAAAAAUUAUUAUUUCCAAUCGUAUUAGAAUUUGAAAAUAAUCAAUGGGAAUAUUUUGCCACGGCAGAAGCUACAAUAACUUCGCUUUUGAGUCGUUUUAUUCUUGAUCAACAAUUGAAAUUUACAUCACCGGAAAAUUAUUUUAGUGUAUUUGAUUCUCUUGGACGAUAUAUUGCUGUCGAUUAUCAACUAAAUAAUAUUUAUCGAUCGAACGAGCAAAAUCCAAUUCACAUUCGAAUUCUUCGAUGCAGUCAGAAUACUAAUAUUUGCUGUGAAAUAACUCUUACGACAGGUCAAGAGGAAACACACUGUCAAUACUUUAAUCCGGCUACAACUUGGAAACAAAUUAGUUUAUGGUCGAAAAUUCUUGGCAUCAAGACAGAAAUUCCAGUUGAUAAUUAUUAUUUCUGGAAUACAGAACAACAACAUAUUAUUAAUGAAGAUGAGACAAUAUCAUUUACACUAAGUCAAGCUGAAUCUAUCAAUGUUGAUGUACUCAAUGAAGAAAGUGUCAUGGAUGUAAUGCUUUCCUAUGAUAAGAAUAUUCAAACGAUUCGUAUUCUUAAUUCCUGUCCAGUUUAUAGUCUUCUAAGCAAUCCAGAUUAUCUUAAACAAUUAAAUCUAAAAAUAUCUCCCCAAGAAUGUACUUUAGUAUUCGUAUCAAACGAAUCAGAAAAACAAAUUCUCAAGGAUUUGGAUAUGGAAAAUCCCAUUAGUCAUUAUGCAUCAAUGACUGAUAAAUCGGUUCAUUUUCAAAUAUCUAUUCUUAUUCAAAUCAUUCAAUAUGAUAAUCAAAAAGAAAUACCAAUUCCUAUCUCUCAUCGAAACAUAACAAUAAAAGAAUUAUUAGGAAUAAUUGAAAUCAAUAAUGAUCAUACAUAUUUAGCAUCGUAUGAAACUAAAAUAAUCUUAUCUGAGAAUACAAAAUUAUCUACGAUAAAUGAAACGAAAUUUUUCCACGUAAAAGAACAUCAAACAUGUCUCGUAUCUAUUCAACAAUUGGAGGAUGUACUAAUAACAGUUAUUGAAGACAAUAUUCAAAAUCAACGAUAUCUUAUCAAUGCUACCAUAAAUGAUAUUUACAAACAAAAUAAAAAUAUUGAUCAAAAUCAAUAUCUUCUAUAUGAUCGUGACUUUGUUCCAUCACGUGGCAUGCCAUUGAGUUCAUUUCUAUUCACUAAAACUUCACCCAUUCAAUUCAAUUUAAUCUAUCAAAAAUUACAAGCAAAUGUUACAGUGACUAGUGAUGAACAAAAAAGUUCAAUUGAAUUUCAAUGUGAAUCAACGAUGACUAUUGGUCGUGUUCAUCAAAUUGUUUGUCAAUUAUGGAAAUUAAAUACGAAAUUGUAUCGUUUAAGUCUUUCGGAUGAUUCGAUAAUUGAUGAGGAAUAUUCAUUAGAUGAUCUACGUGAAUUUAUCAAUGAUCUACAAUUGAAAUUGAUUUCAAUUACUAAUAUCAAAUGUGAAAUUACCUAUCAGGAUGAAAUCCUCAUGAUUUCAACUACAAGUGAAACACUUCUAUCGUCGAUUUUGAAAGAAACUUUAGAAAAACUCUUGAUUCCAUUAGAUGACAUCGAUAGGUUUGAAUUGAACUUAAUAGAUGAUCCGGAAAGUCCAACCAAUGUUGAUCUUGAUUUAUCCAUCGAUGAUAUUCACUUAGAUUAUUUCACUGAAUCCAAUAUUAUACCAUUUCAAUUACAAAAGAAAUAA